AGUGUUUAAUUUUUAAAAUUAAAAUUUCGUUUUUUUUAAUUUGUGCUUUUUAAAAUUUAGAAAGUUUUCGUACACUGAUAUGAUAAGUGUUAAUAAAAAGACAAUAAGAACAAGUGUCAGUUAGCGCGUUUGCGCGAUUUCAGUUUGCGUUUUGAGUUAGUAUCUCACUGCAAAUACUGUCUUGUUUGUUUAUUUGUAUCGAAAGUGACUGGACUGUGACAUUUGAAAACGAUAGUAGCUGAUAAUUGAGCCGCCACGUUUUCAGGCCGAAUAGUGAAAUUGCAUUGACUCAUUUUUACAAUACUCUGUGAAGUGUAUGUGGGAUUUUCGGAGAUUCUUUGUAGCCAGUUAACACCAAAGAUAUAAAGAUGAACCAAAAGUGCAAAGUUUGCGGGGAGCCGGCGGCCGGCUUCCAUUUCGGCGCGUUCACUUGCGAAGGAUGCAAAUCGUUCUUCGGGCGAUCCUACAACAACCUGAAUUCCAUCACGGAAUGCAAAAACAACGGGGAGUGCGUCAUCAAUAAAAAGAACCGCACAGCCUGCAAGGCAUGUCGCCUUCGCAAGUGCCUCAUGGUGGGCAUGUCCAAGUCUGGUUCCCGAUACGGCCGUCGCUCUAACUGGUUUAAGAUCCACUGUCUUCUCCAAGAGCAACAACAAGCUGCCCAGUCACAUUCGCCCCCUAGGGGCCCUCCGUCUUCGCAUCCGUUAGCGCCUCCUUUUCCACCUCACCUAUUCCCUGGUCUAACUAGACCGAGAACAAAAGAAGAAUUAGCGCUUCUAGGUCUCGAUGAGUACAAACCGUCAGGUAGUCCAGACUCUCAUCGGAGUGGAUCUUCUCCUAAAUUAGAUGAUAAGCGAAUUCAGUCUAGACCUCCAGACAAGCCUCUAACACCACCAAGAGACGCCUUUGUUCCUCUUCCUCUAGCCAACAUCUCCUUGCCCCAUUUCCCGCAUUCGCCGUUUUUACCGCCUCCGCCAUUUAGCCCGUUUGCUCCCAAUCAUCCGCUGCUGUUCCCUCCUGGGUUUCACCCGAUUUACUCACGGCAUCUCCUCGACCACGCUGCAUUGAGGCAAGCAGCCGAAAACAAUAAUGAUGUAAGAAUUGAUGACCAUAACGCGGACUCAUCGAAGCGAUUCUUCUUGGACGAAAUUCUGAAGCAACAACGGUCUUUGCAACCAACGCCUCAAGAAGAUAUAGUAUCUGAGGCGGAAUUUGUGCCUACGCCUCCAGCUGAAAGGAGGACUUCUGAAUCUCCAUUGCAGGAAAACCCGAUGGACUUGUCCGUUAAGUCAGAUGGCAGAUCCAGCUCUGCAAGACGAAGGUCGGAUGACAGUGAAAUUAUAGUACCGGAUAACGAUGAAGCGGAGUCUAAUAGCGGUGCAGGAUCGGCCAGUGAAGAUGAGGACUUAUCAUAUUCACAAAUAAAGAGGAUCAAGCUCCAUCCUCUCGACCUCACGACCAAAGUGUGACGUCACUACAGACGUUGCUAAAUCUUAGUGCCGUUUAAAAACUCUAUCAAAUGAUCAGUGAACCUGUCAAGGCCAGUAAAUCGGAUUGUGAUUUUAAAUUAAGUAGGACAAUGAUACAUUCCGGAAUAGUUUGUGAAUUUGUUUUUGAAUUUAUAGAGUCUAUCCAAAUACGUAAAUUAAGUAGCAUACUAGUUAAUGUGUUAUUGGUAAACCCGGUUGAUGGUUGUACAAAUUGUAUUGUAAAUAAAUAAAUUAUUUUGUAAUGAUAAGUAUUCUAUAUAAAUGUAGUUAGUGGAUUUUGAGUGGAACCAGCCCGGUGUUGCAACAUUCCAUUUUUAUGAAACAUUGUAUAUUUUUUUUGUAUAUUCUGAUUAUAAUUUAUUUUGAGUUUAGUAGAAUUCUUUGAUCAGCGUGUUGUUUGCGAGUUAAAGCAUUAGUUUCGGGUGCAUUGUGAGCGAAUUUUUGUAAUAAUUUGUAUUUUUAAAUAAUGUUUCUAUUUAACCUUUUGAUCUUGAAGUCAAAGAUUGCAUAAUCACUAUUAUAAUGGGUAUUUAUUAGCUUAAGUUAUGUAUUAAAUACAUCGAAUUUAUGUUCAAUAUCUAGGGACCAAAAUACAAAUACAGUCGGUAAAAACGACAUAAAAUGUUCAUGCAUUUCCAUACAAACUUGUAAUAGACAUUUUAGUUAACAUAUUUUUAUUAGAAAAAAUAUACUCUAUAAUGAACAGCAUUCCUAUGUAUUUGCUCAAUAUAUAAACUGAUGUUUAUGUAUAUCCUUAUAUACUCAUGGUAGUAAAAUU